UGUUUGUGUGUUCCACCAGCUGGUGGAGCCCCUGACUCCCAGUGGAACAGCUCCCAACCAGGCUCAGCUACGCAUCUUGAAAGAGACAGAGCUGAAGAGGGUCAAGAUUCUCGGUUCUGGAGCUUUUGGGACCGUCUAUAAGGGCAUCUGGGUCCCAGAAGGUGAGACAGUAAAGAUCCCCGUUGCCAUAAAAAUCCUCAAUGAGACCACCGGUCCCAAAGCCAACGUGGAGUUCAUGGAUGAGGCCCUGAUCAUGGCCAGCAUGGAGCACCCCCACCUGGUGCGCCUUCUUGGCGUCUGCCUGAGUCCCACCAUCCAGCUGGUCACUCAGCUCAUGCCCCAUGGCUGCCUCCUGGACUACGUGCACGAGCACAAGGACAACAUCGGAUCACAGCUGCUGCUCAACUGGUGUGUCCAGAUUGCGAAGGGGAUGAUGUACCUGGAGGAAAGGAGGUUAGUCCACAGAGACCUGGCAGCUCGGAACGUGCUGGUUAAGUCUCCCAAUCACAUCAAGAUCACCGACUUCGGCUUGGCCCGGCUUCUGGACACCGACGAGAAGGAGUACAAUGCGGAUGGGGGCAAGAUGCCCAUUAAAUGGAUGGCUCUGGAGUGCAUCCACUACAGAAAGUUCACCCAUCAGAGUGACGUGUGGAGUUAUGGAGUGACCAUCUGGGAGCUGAUGACAUUCGGUGGCAAACCGUAUGACGGUAUUCCCACACGAGAGAUCCCAGACAUCCUGGAGAAGGGGGAGCGCCUGCCCCAGCCUCCCAUAUGCACCAUCGAUGUCUACAUGGUCAUGGUGAAAUGCUGGAUGAUUGAUGCAGACAGCAGGCCGAAGUUCAAGGAACUAGCUGCAGAGUUCUGCAGAAUGGCUCGCGAUCCACAGCGAUAUCUGGUAAUCCAGGGAGAUGACCGCAUGAAGCUUCCCAGCCCCAAUGACAGCAAGUUCUUCCAGAGCCUGCUGGACGAAGAGGACCUCGAUGACCUGAUGGAUGCGGAGGAGUACCUGGUGCCUCGAGGUUUUAAUGUGGCCCCUUCAACGGGAACAGUGAGGCCUCGGGUUGACUCGAACAGAAACCAGUUUGGCUAUCGGGAUGGCGGCCCAAAUGCGGUGGAUGGAGCCCUGGCCGGUGCCCAAGGCGGUGGGAAUCAGGAGGCUUCGGGUAGCCAGGUUCCCGCUCUGGACGACCAGCGCUGCAAUGGCAGCCUGCAUAAAAAGAGCCAGAGCCAAGCUGUGGGGGAAGACAGCGGGGCCCAGAGAUACAGCGCCGACCCCACGGUCUUCCUGGGGGAGAGAACUUCUAGAGGGGACACUGAUGAGGAUGGCUAUAUGACGGCAGUGAAAGACAAGAGUUCCUCAGAGUAUCUGAACCCUGUUGAGGAGAACCCCUUUGUGUCCAGACGUAAAAAUGGUGAGAUCCAUGCUUUGGACAACCCUGGGUACCAUAGCACCCCCAACAGUCAACCUAAAGGAGAAGAUGAGUACAUCAAUGAGCCCCUCUAUCUCAACACCUUCCACAGUCCUGCUGAGAUGGGCCUCGAAACCCUGAGGAGAAAUGGUAUACCCUUACCCAACCUGCCUCCUUCUUCCAUCUCAGCCUCAACACCAGGCUCGCACCUCCCACUUACAAUUCAGACCAGUCUGCCCCACUACCCUCUGCCCUCUGUACAACCAUCUCCAGCUGGCCUGCCCUGCCUCCAUGGUCCAGCUGCUCACAUCCUCCAUGCCCACAACACUGUCAAGCAGCCUGGAAAUCCAGGUGGCUCCAUCGCUCAUAGCCAAACAGGAACUUCUGCUCAAUCCCAAGUGAGCCAAUCGGGUUCCCUGUCCACUUCGGCAACCAUCGGGCAUUGUAGCUUGCCGGCCUACCAGAGCUACGCCACCUCACAUCCUGGGAGCCUGCUAAAGCAUGGAGGGCAUACAUCAGGGAAGACCAGCGGGAAGAGGCUCAAAGUAACCUUUGACAAUCCUGAAUACUGGCAGCACAGCUUGCCUCCAAAGUCAUCCAUACAGGUGGCCCCUGAUGGGGCCCAGGGAGGCACUGCCAAUGCCAAGCUGUUCUACAAGCAGAAUGGACACAUACGGCCAGCGGUAGCUGAAAACUCUGAGUACAUGUCUGAAUUUGCUCUGAAGGCGGGCACCGUUCUGCCACCUCCUCCCUACAGGCAGCGAAACACUGUGGUCUAGAUUUCCCCCCAAUUUUGCUCUUGCCUCCUGCCACCCAGACAUCCUUUCUGGUUCCACCAUCAGUGGCAUCGUACAAAGCCCUGCCCCAACUCUUUCCAGAUAAUGUGCCAUCCGCUGUAGCAACAUCCAAAGGGGUUGGACAAGUACAACCAACUCGGACAGCUUGUCUAUACCCUGUCCAGUCCAUUUCUGUUUUGUAGAUAGAGACUAUCCUCCAACUCACUGAGAUGGUUAUGGCAAGAAAGAUCAGACAGAGAACGGUUGAGGGACUCAAUGAUGUUGCACCAAGGCAGAUGCACAACUCUCAGACAUAAAGGAUCAAGCUUUGGGGACAUAAACUCACUGCCAGCCACGUCAGUGUCACAUUUGUGAGAGAAACAGGACUUCUGUUAUCUUCCAGCAAAACAAAAAGCCAGAGGAUGAGCAAUAGAUUCUUAAAUAAGAAAGCAAUGGCCGAUUUGUCACGUUUUGCAAGCGUGAGGUGGGGAAACAAAGCAAAAUGCGGGCAAAGGAGGCACAGUUCGUUUUAGCUUGCGGAAAGAGCAACAUAAAAAGACUUAUGAGUCAUAUUCAGUGUUUUUGCCUUCCGAAUUAUACCGCGUGUUCUUGGAUUUUCCAUCAAAUAUGUGAAACUCAUCUAAUCCCACUGUUACUGUGAUAAUGUGAUGGCCUGAACUACGAUGAUCUCUUCUGUCUGUAGUUCAACCACAGACUGUAAACCAUCGCCUGAAAAUAUCCAGGGCUUGUUUGAUUGUUUUUUGCUGGACUUCUGUAAACUUGUUGACAAUGAUCAAAAUCUGAUUCAAGGAAAGGAAAUACACUGUUAUUACUUUUCUAUACAUGGUUUCAGUGCUGAAAAGUUUAAUUUUCUACACUGGUUUUCCCAUCACACCACAGAGACUAACUUUGAUGAGUAAAUGUUUUUAUGGAAAUUGCUGCGUACAGCCAAAUUGUGUGUGAAGAUCAUCCAAAAAGAGGCAGAACUCAAACUGGUGAUCACAGGGAGCGAGAACGCUAGAAAGAAAAACAUCUACUAAGAGGGCGAGGGAAGGUUCCUACAAGCCGACUAAUGAAGACCUCAAGGAAUGAAGGAGACAGCACCAGCACAGCACAGUAAAACAUACUGCUUUUUAAUGUGUGGAUCUGGGUUUGCAUCAGUGUGAUUGGGAUGAGUGUGUGUUCCAGCAAGCCAGUCGGACCCCUUUGAGAAAGAGAAAACAUCGCAGUGGCAGUGUAAUUGACAGCUACAGAUAAUAACCAGCAGUAGGCUUAAACAAGGCUUUUAAAUGUGUGGAUACUGACAAAUUAAGAGUCAAUUAAAAGCUCUUGGAAUGGCAACAAAUCUCCUGAAACACUUCAGAGUCUUCGCAAAUCAGCCUUUUCUUGUCAGGAAUGCAUGGUUUUACACCGGAUUUGUUGACAUACCCUGUGCAGUAUUACCUUUUGUUUUACUUGGUUUAGUGAUCCUGGCCGUUGUGAAAAGUUGACAAAAACCAUGUUCUUUUAAUGUUCUCACAGCCAUUUCAAUACAAUUUCUUAUUGAACUCGUCAAUGGCAUCAUGCAAAUCAGAAUGGGGACCCAGAUCAACAUCAAUGUAUUAUCGCCAUUUCAUACUCAGAAAAACACCAACAUCUUGAACUCUUUCUUUAAGUUACAUGACCUUCACCUGCACCAAGAGGCAUUUUUUUUUUCUACCUAACGGUUGCUGCGAGGUUGCAGUGAGGCGGUAUCUUCAGCAACAUAACUGACUGUGCUUUUCAGGACUGGAAAGAUAUCCAAACAGUUACCAUAACGUUAGAACAUUUCUUUUUUAAAUGUUGUCAUUUUUACCUAAGUAGUUUCAAAUCUAGUAGAGACAGCACUCCCGUCUUCAGUUUGGUUGCUCAAAUUGUUUAUGUGAAAAUGCUCAGACGUUACUUUCUUUACUUAGUGUUUCCUAGAUAAAACCUUAUGAAUAUGAGGUUUAUUAAGCAUUACAAGAGAGACAAAACUCCUCCAACUCCAGAGUUUGUUAUUGAUUCAUGACUUCUCAACACCCCAAGAGCCAAAUCAAGGACCAAUGCAUUUUACUAUUUUAUUUACUUAGUUUUGCUUUUAUAAACCGAUUAGUUUUACUGUAUGCUUAAAGAACUUUACAUGACAUACCAGCCACAUAUCAUCACUUACUGCACCCUCCACACUUAUCGGCAAGCCUGGUAAAGAUGUGUAGAAAGCUUUCACUAACAUCUAACACGCUGUUGGUUACGAUAACAUUUCCAAUCAUUAUUUGGAUUUUUGACUAAAGUUAAAAAGACAGCAGAUUUACUGGCUGAUUUCAAGUGAAUGUGCUUCAUAAGUGUGAUGGAUUGUGCUCCUUUAUUUAUUAUUUUCAGAUAUAUUUCCCGUUGCGAAAAGCACAAUCAGCUGAAGUUAUCUUUCUUGUAAGCAAGGGAAAAAUGUAGAAGCCUUCUUUCAGCCAGCUGGCUGACAGUGCACGGGAUCAGAAAGCAUCUGGUCAUAAAGUUCUCUUGUAUUUCUUUAAAGGGACUUUAAAGUGUAGGAAUGAAUCAUAAAAAAAAUAUUUUGCAGGUUAGAAAGGGAAAUUCUGAACUUUACUGCCCCUCUGAGCUCUGUUGUUAUUGCGGUUAAGAGCAAAGGACACCAUGGCAUCAGACAUGUGUCAAAGAAUGCACCUCUGUUGAUUUCUGGAAACAAUGCACCCUGUGACCUCUGUUAAGUAGUCGGCACCCCAAGGAGGCAAUCCUUUCUGAAACUGUUCAGGAGCAUCAUUCUAGCUCCUCUACCUGCUCCUCCCCUACCUUGUUUUGCUAGUUCUUCUAUUGGUUGUGUGUUGGUCCGUUUCUGGUGGCUUUUUUUUUUUAAAUACAUUAAAUCUUGUCAUCAUGGUUUAAAAAGAUACAUCCUAACAACUGAUUUCUUGCAACUGGCGAACUCUAGACUAACAGUUUUAAGUUGUUUAAAAUUGACAUAUUGAGCAACUGUUACACUAUCGUAAAUUAAUUUCGGUGUAGUAAAUAAUUUCUCGGUAUCUCUUUUAUUGUAGACGCGCCACCUUCUGCCAUAAACAAGUAUCUGCAUCUAUCCAAAAGCCACGGAAAUGUUCUCACUCUUUCAAUGCUUGUCAGCGGCCUUAUUUGAUGCGCGAUCAGCUCCUUGAUCUUUCUUCUCAAGAGAACAGCCAUUAGAGUCACUACUGAUGCCUCUGCUGCCAUCCAGCAAGAAAAGAAAACAUGUUUUAAAAAGACUAACAUUUUUCAGUUUGUAAAAACUGCUUUCAUUGUUAAAACUGCUUUUCAUGCAAUGGAAAACUCCAUCUAGUUUCUUGUUUACCUUAUAUGUAUGCGUGUCUGUGAGGGUUGGACUAUGCACAUGUAAAGCUAUAUACAGUAUGUUCUUCCUUUCCCUGGAGCACUUUGAUCAAAGAUGUGGGUAGAAAGUCUGUGUUUCUAUACUGUCUCACUGAAAUAUUCAACUGCUUUCUCUGGUAGUUUGACGUUUAAGAAAUCAGAAGCUUCAGCAAGAGUCCGAGGAAAGUAAUGCGUUCACGAGUUCAAUGGGGAGAAGGAAAUACAUUUAAAUGUGUAGGAUUCAAGGUUUCCAUAUGAACACAUUGGCUAAUUUAUAAAGCAGUGUCUCAUAUCAACUUUUAAAACUCAAAUUCUUUGAAACAGAGACAACAUUUUAUAUUAACGUUAAAUAUUAAUAGCAUAUUUCCACCUGUUUAUACUGAGCAAAGAAAUCAAUAGUCAAUACUAGAGUUUUAAAUUUGAAAAAAAAAAGCCACACUGAGUAUUAAAUUGUUUUUUUUUUAUUUGCACUUAAUUAAACGACAGGCAAAGGCAGGAUUAUAAACAAUGCGAAAUUUGUUAAAAAAACAUUGUAGUUCAGACUAGACUGUGUGAGUAUCUCAGUUGUUGAAAUGCAGAGAACCCAUGGCAAUCACAACUUUUAAUGUCAGUUUUCAUUGACCAAUUGAAAAAAAGAACAUUUAGAGUUGAGAUUAUCCCAGCUAUGUUUUGUCUUCUAAAAACCUUGAUAAUCUUUCUGUGUCUAUCAAAAAUCUUUAGUUUUCUUUUUGUGAAAGAACUUGAUUAUUUCCCUUGCACUGACGACUCACAUUUGAAAUAUAUUUUACUUUGGUCUUGAGCUGUGUUACCUGCUGCCAUGUAGCUGAACCCAAAGUCCAUACAUGCAUGGGCCUCUUUGGAAAAUAUGACUUCCUGUAACACUUUUCAUUUGGUUUUAGUUGCAAAAUGCAUCUGUUCAAAAAUAUUCUUUGCCAGUUUGUUUUGCUGGCACAGGAAAUGGGGACAACCAGAAGGCAGCUUUAUGUUUUUACAGACAGAUCUUGUUCCGAACACAACAGUUUGGGCAGAGUUUAUAAUUUUUUUUUUCUUUUUUUUUUCGAUUUUAUUUUAGAACAUACUCAUACAUAUGUGAGUCUGGCAAAGGCUGAUAUAUGUUUUGGAAAACCUUUCCUGGUUGGUGCUGCUGGCAUGGAAGACAGCAAGACGAUCUGUUCUAAUAGAACUUUUUCAAGUUUUAUUUGGGCCAAAUUUUCAUAUGUUUAAUUUAAUUUUAUGGCACUGUUUAUUCUAAGCCACAAAACAAAGGCAAGUUACCGUACCUUGCUCCAAACAAAAUAGCUUUUUAACACUUAAAAUUGUACCAUCACCAGUUUUGGCUACUGCUAUGAGAAACCUGAACACACGAAGAAGGAACAGUCGUCGUUUUUUCUUCUUUUUGUCAACUACUUGAUAUAUGCUAGCUUGGCCUGUUGGUCUAAAUCAGUUUGUACUGUUAGCUACAACUAAACAGGAACCACAGGCUAAUUCUGUCUUUGAAGGGGGUUUUUGGUUUUUAAAAAGAAAAAAAAGCACUACACAGUUGUGUCAAAUGUGUUUUACUUAAGGACCUAUACUCUCGUAUGUAUGAAUUAGCUUGACGGAUUUUGUUGUUUUUUAAGUAUUCGGCUAAGGCAAUUUUGGACUGUGAGUACAGAAAACUGGAAGGUACAGAAGUUUUCUCCGUAUGGUCACAGAACUACUAAAAUAAUUGAUUGUGCUGCUAAUGUGUGUGUACUUGGCUAAACAUUGAAAAAUACAAAUUACAUUAUUAACAUUAGCCUUUUCCUAAAUUUCUCUGUUAAUCGUUUUGUACCAAAGGCACAGAGAGCUGGAAGGUAGGGACAUUAAUUCCAUGUAAUCAAAAGAAAAAUUUCAGUUUUUGUCCAAAAACAGAUUCAAACAAAUGUUUAGGUUUUUCUUUGUUUGAUAACAUUCUCCUGUUAAUGUGAACUUGGAAGAACUCUAACAAUUGUUUUAGAAAAGCAUUUCAAUGAGUGUGUAUGGCAGUAGUGUGAGGUUUUCAUGUCGACAGAGAUACAAAAAAAACCCAACAAAAAACAGAGCUACGCUAACUUUCACUUUCAUUCCAAAAAAAGUAAAAAACAAAACAACUAGACUUGUUUUCAGAAGUUUGAAGACCAGUUGUUUUGGAUUUUUUCCUUUUUUUGGAAUGACCAUGACCUGGAUGACUGGGAAUCUUCACCAGCAACUGUCACUUUACUUUUUAGAACCUAAAGUUGUAUGAGUGAACUUGAUCCAACUCUAUAUUUCCUUUUUUUUAAGUCAAGCCAGGUAAUUUUGAAGGAAUAGAAAACAAGACAUCUGGUGUUUUCAAAUGGACAAAGAGUUUUUAGAAGAAACCGAACCACACAAAUAGUGUAUCUUUUUUAUAGCAUCUUCAGAACUCAUGUUUGCGUGAACCUGGCCUUAUAUUUUCAAGAAAGUGAUCUGAAUCAGUUUGUGUUUCAGAGACAGAAAACCAGAGACAGGUUAGUUAUUGUUGUGUCGUUACAGGGACGUGUGUGUAAAAAGAAAAAGCAUAUCAUGUAUCACUGAACUUGUUCGGCCAAGUUCACUGAUACGAGCUAUACUUUAUUUUAUUUUGUUAGCUAUUUCUCUAGAUCUGUUUUACCUGUAGGUACAGAAAACCUUAAGGCAGUCUCAUGAGAUUUUUUUUGGAUAGAGAAUAAAAGUACAGCACCUACACAGAUACUUUUUAUAUAGUUCUUCACUAAAGAACAUAAAAGUGAACAUGGCAUAACUUUUUUCCCUUCUAAACCACUUUAGUACUGUAGACAUAAUAACUGGAAGAUAGAAGCCUUGUAUGGUCAAAUGGACAGGAAAGAGAACAAUAAUACAGCUAUUUAUUUAUAUGUCAUAAUUUAAACACCUGCUCCUGAAUAUGUGAACUUGGCCAAACACUGACAUUUAUUAUUUUUACUGAAGGCGACGGAGAUGGGAAGCCAUUACACUAUAUGCCAUCUGCUGGAAUGACUUUCUUUUGUUAUUAUUUGAAAAACUUGCUGACUUUUUUUUUUUUUUUUUUUGUUAAGAACCCACGCAAAUAUUUGUGAGCUUGGACCAUGUAAUUUAAAUCUGUUUCUACUCUACGCGCAGAAAAACAGAAAGCAUGAAAGACAGAUAUUUAAAAAAUGUUUUAUGUAAUAGUCUAACUCUGUAUAUGUGAGAGGCCUACUACUGAUUUUUUUAAAAUAAUAUUUCACCUAAUUUAUUAUCCGAAGCUAGACAACAAACUGAAACACCUCACUUGUUACCUUCCAUUCAGGCUAAAGUGGUGUUUGAUAGCAAAUAAUGUUUUCUUCUAGCAGAGUUCUGCCCUGUUCUUGGAUGACAACACCACUGGAAGUUUUGUCCAGGGUACAACAAAUAUAUCUUAUAUUUAUAUAUAGUUAAACAGCACAAACUGGGACUUAAUUUAUCUGAAAUAUUUCAAGAGAUGUGUGUGUGUGCGAUGACGUUUUCUCCAUGCUAUCACGGACGUAGAUUAUCCACUGUUGUGUCACCUGCUGUACAUUAUUUAACUGGGUUGUAAAUCUAGCUCCAAACUUUGCUUGUCUGGGUUUUAAUAAUUGCACAAUGUAUCAUCUAUAUAAAAAGUCAUCCUUGUUCUUUUCCACAAUAAAACACCAGAUCAGUGUAACUGUACAGAAUCUGGAAGAGGGGGGUGUUCCUCCAAACUUUAUCUACACAUACUCCUACAGCAACAAAUGUGAAUAGUAUUUUUCUAAAGCACUGCAAAGGCCGACAUGGUGAAUUUGUACAGAAGGGAAGCGAUGCUUUGAAUUUAUAUCGGCCUUCUCUCGGACUUUUCUCCUGCUUAUCACGACUUGUACAAAAAGAGACUUACAUAUUUGCUUUAUGUGAGCGUGUCUUUGGACUAAUGGGGAUUUGUUUUUAAAAGUGCUUGUUGACCUUUUUAUCAUGUACAAUUGUUCAGUGGCCCUACUCCAAGCCUCGGUAGCUGUCCUCAUGUAUUAUUUUGUUUUGUGUAAACACUUAAACUUUAUAAUAGUUCUGGAGGCAAGCUGAUCAAUGUAAUUUAAUAUUUCAUUUCCUUUGUAUUUGCCAGAUUAACCCACCCAUAUUUACAAAUCUAUUUUCCUCCAUAAGUCCUUUUAUUUAUCAUCAUAACUGUGAAACCAGUGCUGCCAACUAACAUAGACAGUGCUACUUGCUCUGCUUAGUUUCUAUUAAAUAUAUUACUGAGCCAAGUCUACCUUCAUCCUUUUCCUGAAAUGCAGAGCACAUCUUUCCCAAACCAGCUUCUUUCCCUUUUCAUUUCCGAUUUAUUUUGCAUGCUUUUGGAGGCGAUACAAUGGAGAGAAUUUGCUGCUCUUCUUCGCCCUCUGACAUGUCUCUCUUAUCAAUUGUCAUUGGUGACUAUCUUUCUCCAAGUCCUUUGAAAUCACACCCAAAGCUUUAUAUCAGAGAAAUACCCUUCCUCAUGUUUGUUACAUGAAUCUGUCAAAAGUAUAUUUUUAAUUUAAUAUAAAUAAAGAUUGAUUCUGUA